CCAAGGGACCGAUAUCAGCAGCUACAAUCUGCCCGUGUAUGGGGACCUUUACUUACUACACCACUACAUUGCUUGUGCACUGAGGCCCAUAAAGGAGUAAGAGUGGGGUCAGCAGACCCAGUGGUACUUACCAAUACAAGACCCUAAAUGAUAGUGUGGGAUAAGUGAGGAAUGUGAGUUCCUCUGAGGAUCCAGAGUAGGAUGGGUCCAAUGAAUGCAAAGGGAGAAAAAGAGUAUUAUGAGUACUGAGCUAAUAAUGACUUCCAACCAAUCAGCAAUUUGUUUUGUUCAGACUGCAACUAAUUAGAAAAUGAAGAACAUGAAAAUGAAUUUGAAUUAAAGUUGAUAUGUAGAAAUAAGCCUCGGUCUUACUACUCAUAAUCGGUGAAGAUGCCACGGGGAAUAAGAAAAUAUAUUUAUGAUUUGCAUCCCUGAUAACAAAUGACGCAGGUGCCCUGCCACUUGCAUUGCAAUGGUACAUUGGGCAACAAUCCAAUGAGCUUUACAUAAGCCAGAGUGAUCAUUCCUCACUUUAUCCACUGCCAGAAGGAGGGAGAACAGAUCCGAACAGCCUAGUAUAAAGCUGUUUACCUUUGUAUCUGUUUAUCUUCCUUGAGAUCAGAACCAGCACAAGCUACAAUGGAUUUUGACCGGAGUAACUACUCAACUAACAAACCUGUGGAUAUUGCGGCCAUUGGAGAAGCCACAACAGCUUCAGUCCUAUUUAUAGCUCUAUCCCUUGUGGGAAUAGUCAUUAACAUGUUCAUCAUAUCUGUUAAUUUCCAUUCCUGGAUAAAAGGACAAAGCAUGAACCCAAGUGACCUCCUAAUUGUUUCCCUGGCUUUCUCCAACAUGGUCUUUUCUGUCACAGAUGGAGUCUAUACUAUAUGCAUCCUUGUUAUCCCAUUUGGUGACGUUGAAGAUCAAUUGUAUCUGCUAUAUAUUGUCAUGGUGUAUGUGCUCUUCUGCAAUUCCUGGCUCAGCGCCUGCCUGUGUUUCUACUACUUUGUGAAAAUCAGUAACGUUAAGCCUGGUUACCUGGCACGACUCAAAUCAAAGAUCAACACCCUGGUACCAAGGCUAAUACUGGUUGCUCAGGGGUUCUCCAUCUUGAACUCACUUUUUUACAUGCCGGUGUUUUUUAAAGAGAACGUUGAAAACCCAACCAACCAGACACAAAAUAUUACUACUUACAGAACAGAUGAUUUUUACAAUGUAUUUUUCUUGCUGAUCAAUUGUUAUAUUCCUUUCCUGGUUAUAUUGGUCACCACCAGCCUUAUCAUUGCCUCGCUCUACAAGCACACUCGUCGUAUGCAACAGAACAUGGGAGAGGUUGGUGGCCCCAGCCUGAAGAUUCAUCAACGAGCAGCACGUACAAUGACGUCUCUUCUUAUUCUCUAUCUUCUGUUUUACGUUGUAGUACUUGGGUCUAGCUUACUUAUAAAAAAUGAGUUGUUGAGUUGGGUUUACUACUUGGUGGGUUGUACCUUCUCCCCCAUUCAGUCCAUCAUUCUAAUUAUGGGGAACACCAGACUGAAGAAGACCUUUGUGAACAUGCUAAACAGCUGUAGGAAAACAUUUGGAGAAGAAGACAAUGUAACUACUUAAACGAAAUGGUCUGCUGCAAUUAGUGAUCAAAAAGUAUAGAAGAAAAAAGUUGGAAGUUUGAUUGUGAUUAAUCAGUAGUCUCACAACCUCCUUGUGAGCAAUAGCACUAGCCUUGUAUCAUUUUCUGUUUUACGCCUGUGUAGGCUAUUGCUGCUUUAUUAAAGAUUUUCUUUGAAUUAGUUCAAUAGCAUUGAUAGGAAUUAUUCCGUAGUUCAUUUAUUUUUUUUAAUAUAACCAUUUCUUCUAUUGUUUUUCCCCUACGUACCGCAGCAUGACUAGUAGAUCAGGUAUGCUGACCACCAAACACACUUUAGUUUUUGUUAUUCUAUGGGGCUGAUUUACUAAUCCACGAAUCCGAAUUCCGAACGGGAAGAAAUCG